UUCACAACUUCCCGGAUGGGGCUGUGGUGGGUCACAGUGCAGUCUCCAGCUAAGAGAAUGGGGUGGCUUCUACUCUUGCUGCUUCUGACACCAUUCUUGGAGGCCCUUGGGCAGCGCUCACCACUGAAUGACUUUGAAGUGCUUCGGGGUACAGAGCUGCAGCAUUUGCUACACGGAGUAGCUGGGUCUUUGCAGAAGGAUAUGGUAGAUGCUGAAGAGUGUGCUAAGCGCUGUGGGCCCCUCCUGGACUGUCGUGCCUUUCACUACAACAUGAGCAGCCUUAGCUGCCAGCUGCUGCCAUGGACCCAGAACUCGCCUCAUACAAGGCUACUGCAUUCUGUGGGCUGUGAUCUCUUCCAAAAGAAAGACUAUGUUCGGACAUGCAUUAUGGACAAAGGGGUCAGGUACCGGGGUACUGUGGCCAAGACAGUAGGUGGUCUGCUCUGCCAAAGCUGGACUCACAGGUUCCCCAAUGACCACAAAUAUAAACCCACACUCCAGAAUGGCCUGGAAGAAAACUUCUGCCGCAAUCCUGAUGGAGACCCCAGAGGUCCUUGGUGCUACACGACAGACCCUACAGUGCGCUUCCAGAGCUGUGGCAUCAAGUCCUGCAGGGAGGCUGCCUGUGUUUGGUGCAAUGGUGAGGAUUAUCGCGGUUCAGUGGACCACACAGAGUCCGGACGCGAGUGCCAGCGCUGGGACCUGCAGCACCCACAUGUACACCCCUUUAAGCCUGUACUGUCCCCUAGGUUUCCAGACAAAGAUCUGAACAAUAACUACUGCCGGAAUCCUGAUGGCUCUGAGAGGCCCUGGUGCUAUACCACAGACCCAAAGCUCAAGCGUGAAUUCUGCAGUCUCCCCAGCUGCGGGUCUGAGGUGCAAACACACCAAGAUGCCACUUUUCACUGCUUCCGUGGGAAGGGUGAAGGCUACCGUGGAGUCGCCAACACCACUUCUGCAGGUGUGCCCUGCCAGCGCUGGGACUCACAGAGCCCACACCAGCACAACUUCCGGCCGGAGAAAUACACUUGCAAGGACCUCCGGGAAAACUUCUGCCGGAACCCUGAUGGCUCAGAGGCCCCGUGGUGCUUUACAUCAAGGCCUGGUAUGCGUGUGGCCUUCUGCUACCAGAUCCCGCGCUGCACUGACGAUGUUCAGACAGUGGAUUGCUACCAUGGCUCAGGGGAGCAGUAUCGCGGUUCUGUCAACAAGACCCGCAUGGGUGUCCCAUGCCAGCGCUGGUCUGCUGAAAUCCCACACAAGCCACGAUUCACACCCACCUCUGCCCCACAUGCUCAACUGAAGGAAAACUUCUGCCGGAACCCAGAUGGGGAUAGCCAUGGGCCAUGGUGCUACACUACUGACCCAGGGAUCUCCUUCGACUACUGUGCCCUGCAUCGCUGCAAUGAUCCACCAGUGUCCAUCCUGGACCCGCCAGACCAGGUGCAGUUUGAGAAAUGUGGCAAGAGGGUGAACAGGCCUGACCAGUGGCUCUCCAAGCUACGCAUAGUGGGAGGCCAUCCUGGGAACUCACCCUGGACAGUCAGCUUACACAACAGGCAAGGCCAGCAUUUCUGCAGUGGGUCCCUAGUGAAAGAGCAGUGGGUACUGACAGCCCGACAAUGUUUCUCAUCCUGCCGUGCGCCUCUCACAGGAUAUGAGGUGUGGCUGGGUACACUACUUCAGAACCCACAGCCUGGGGAGCCAGGCCUGCAGCACGUCCAAGUGGCACAGAUGUUCUGUGGGCCCUCGGAUUCCCAGCUUGUCCUCCUCAAGCUGGAGAGACCAGUAACCCUGAACCAGCGUGUGGCCCUGAUCUGCCUGCCCCCUGAGCGCUAUGUGGUGCCUCCAGCAACCAUGUGUGAGAUUGCAGGCUGGGGUGAGACCAACGGUACAAGACAUGACAGGAUCCUAAACGUGGCCUUGCUGAAUGUCAUCUCCAAUCAGGAGUGUAAUAUCAAGCACCGAGGACGUGUACGAGAGACUGAGAUGUGCACCAGGGGACUGAUGGCUCCUGUAGGAGCCUGUGAGGGAGACUACGGAGGCCCACUUGCCUGCUUUACCCAUGACUGCUGGGUCCUGGAAGGAAUUAUAAUCCCCAACCGAGUGUGUGCACGGCCUGGAUGGCCAGCCAUCUUCCUGCGUGUCUCUGUGUUUGUGGACUGGAUUCACAAGGUCAUCCAACUGGGCUAGGCCUGGCCUUGAUCCCUUGCCUUGAAGAGGACAAAAAUUCUGGUCAGAUGUAAAGUUACUUUCUUCUUUAUACCUGUGCAGACUGUUCCUUAGCCUGUUUUUAGGCAGAGUUGGUUCUUUGCUAGAACCUGAAGGCCUUGAGCAUGCCUUCGGUUGAUCUUACCCUGAAACUACUUUUGCCUGUAGGUGCUGUGGAAGGGCAGGGGCUCGCUCAUCUCCCAGAGGCACUCUUGGGAGUAGAAGGUGAUGUAGGGCAGUUUCUCCCUGAAGGGAAAGCAGCAAAGCAGCUACACAGUUUAGUGCACAAUCCUUGUUGGCCAAGAUAGGCAGCCUGAACUUCUCUCCGGCCCUUCUACUGACAGUAGAGGCAG